GGGAACCUGAAUGCAGCAAAAGUAUCCGGAUGUGACGCCAAUCGACAUCAUUCAAGAUGGCAGCGCUGGCGUCCUUGAUGCUCAAGUCCAGAGCAGGCCUGCUGGUGCCUGGUCAGCCUUCUCUUAUAGACUGUGUGAGGCUCGCAUCUAAGAAGGCUGGUGGCAGCAGUAAGAACGUCGGAGGAAAGAGCCCCGGCCGCAGAUAUGGCUUCAAGAAACAGGAUGGGAACUUUGUCCAUGCGGGUAACAUCCUUGCGACACAGAGACUGAUGAGGUAUCACCCAGGAGCACAUGUGGGGAUGGGUACCAACAAGACGCUCUUCGCUAUGGAGGACGGCUACGUCAGGUUCACCAAGGAGGUCUACAUCCCGCCACCACGCAGCCCCGAGGCCACCCAGGUCAUCACCAAGCUGCCGAAAGGAGCUGUGCUCUACAAGACCUUCAUCAACGUCCUGCCGGUCAAACAGGAGGGCAAGUUUAAACUGGUGGACAUGGUCUAAAACUGACCGGACCGGACCGGACUGGGAGGUCAUUAUUUCCCGUGUAUUCUUGCGGUGGCCAGGAUCAGGAAGGAUUUGUUUUGAUUGACACUUUAUCAGAUUCCCGGAGAUCUAAGUGAACAGCAGACUAUCAGCCAGAGAGCACAGAGGAGUCGGUGAAAAUCUGCAGACUCUCUGCGUCUCCUUGGCUUCCUGUGUCUUAUGUGACCCUCUCUGCUGGAAGUUCUCAACUCGGUCACAAAUGAAACAAACAAAACAUCAUGGAAUAAAAUGCAUAAGGGAAAACAUUUCCAGUGAAGGUUUGACAGGUACAUAAUAUCAGCAGUCAGUGAUUCCUAAAUGUAAUCAGAAGAUCAUCCCAGUGUAGUCCAUGCUAUUGGUGAAUCUCUGCUUAAACUGUCCUCAGGGCUGUGAGGCUAGAAGUUCAUAACUGGCUGGUGUCCUUCACUGCAGUUGUUCACUGACAUACCUAAAGUUCACUGAAUACUUACCACCAAGAACCUGAGGUACCACUGCUGUAAUGCUGAAUAUGUACUGUAUUUACUGUAUUAAAGUUUUAUACGUGAAAGUCUCUA